AUGGACAACAUCCUCAAGCAGGCCCAGGGCGCUCUCGGCGGCGCUGGCGGACAGCAGCAGCAGGGAGGCGAGCAGCAGCAGGGUGGCGGUGGUGGUUUCAACCUCGGCAACACCAUCCAGAACCUCCAGAACGGCGGUAACAUCGGCGACUCGCUCAACUCCAUGGCCGGCGGUGGCAAGCAGGGCGAGGCCAACGAGGACUACCUCGACAAGGGCAUCGACCUCGUCCAGCAGCACGCUCUUGGACAGGGCCCCCAGGACAACGAGACUGCUAUUGAGCAGGCUAAGGAUAAAGCAAUUGCUGGAGUUAUCCGCGACAAGUACAAGACCGCGACUGGUUCUGAGUUCCCCAUCCACCAGAAGGACCAGAACUUCGGCGAAGUUAGGCCGUUUUUCGUGUUUGUGGCACUCGCAGCUGGCAGGGAUAGCACUGACACAUCUACUGACGCUAGCGAGUGGUUUGGAGGCGGUUUGGAGACGAUUGAAGAGGGGGUUAUGGAGUGA